GCUUCUCCCGCGGCCGCGGGGGCUUCUCGGGGUCCGCGCACACCUUGCGCUGCCAGGACCCAACCGGAGCCUCCCCGCGGCCCGGCCGCGCCCUGUCCUGAGCGGUACCAUGAUGUGGGGUGCAGGCGGCCCCUUGGCCUGGCUCUCAGCUGGCCCAGGCAACGUGAAUGUGAGCAGCGUGGGCCCCGCAGAAGGGCCCACAGGCCCAGCUGCACCACUGCCCUCACCCAAGGCCUGGGAUGUGGUGCUGUGCAUCUCAGGCACCCUGGUGUCCUGCGAGAACGCGCUGGUGGUGGCCAUCAUCGUGGGCACUCCUGCCUUUCGUGCCCCCAUGUUCCUGUUGGUGGGCAGCCUGGCUGUGGCAGACCUGCUGGCAGGCCUGGGCCUGGUCCUGCACUUCGCUGCUGUCUUCUGCAUAGGCUCGGAGGAGAUGAGCCUGGUGCUUGUUGGUGUGCUGGCAAUGGCCUUUACCGCCAGUAUUGGCAGCCUACUGGCCAUCACUGUCGACCGCUACCUUUCCCUGUACAAUGCCCUCACCUACUACUCAGAGACAACAGUGACUCGGACCUACGUGAUGCUGGCCUUGGUGUGGGGGGGUGCCCUGGGCCUGGGACUGUUGCCUGUGCUGGCCUGGAACUGCCUGGAUGGCCUGACCACGUGUGGUGUGGUAUAUCCACUCUCCAAGAACCAUCUGGUGGUCCUGGCUAUUGCCUUCUUCAUGGUGUUUGGCAUCAUGCUGCAGCUCUAUGCCCAGAUCUGCCGCAUCGUCUGCCGCCAUGCCCAGCAGAUCGCCCUUCAGCGGCACCUGCUGCCUGCCUCCCACUAUGUGGCUACCCGCAAGGGCAUCGCCACACUGGCUGUGGUGCUCGGCGCCUUUGCUGCCUGCUGGUUGCCCUUCACUGUCUACUGCCUGCUGGGUGAUGCCCGCUCCCCACCCCUCUACACCUAUCUCACCCUGCUCCCCGCCACCUACAACUCCAUGAUCAACCCCAUCAUCUACGCCUUCCGCAACCAGGACGUGCAGAAGGUGCUCUGGGCCAUUUGCUGCUGCUGUUCCUCUUCCAAGAUUCCUUUUCGAUCCCGCUCCCCCAGUGAUGUCUAGUUACAUCCUGGUGACCCCUGCAGCCCUGAUCACUACAAAAUUCCAGAAUGUUAGGUCCUCCAGGGCUUUGUUCCAAACCUCCAGCUCUACACCCCCAGACCCAGCUGGUUCUGGAGUUCUAGGACAUUGGGUGUUUCAGGAUUCUGUUCGAGAUGCCUGCAGUGGCCCAGCUGGCUCCAUGGUUCUAGAAUGUUCCAGGUGGUCAGGGUUCCUCUUAGAAAUGUCCCACAGCCCAGCUGACUUGCAGUUUCAGAAUGCUGGGCGUUUUACAGUGCCAUUCAAGUCCUUGAUCUUUCCCCUCCCCUGAACUUGCCCUUAGCCAUGUCACUUUACUUUUGAAUUUCUGAGCUCAAGAGUCAGAGAGUUUAGUCACUUAGUUGCCUAGAUAGGAGAAAGAUCUAUCUAUCUAUCUAUCUAUCUAUCUAUCUAUAUAUAUUGCACAUACAAAGAAAGUAUAUUACAUUAUUUAUUUAUUUAUUUAUAAGUUUAUUUAUGGGUGAUAAGGGGAAAAAAGGACCCAUACCUUGAAAUCUAGGCCAUACCAGGGUAUUCCCAAUCCCCACACCCCCAUUUCUGACCUCAGUUCCUGGAGGGGGGAAAUGGAGAAAGAGAAACCACGUAUUUUGUUAUUAUUUUUGCUUAUUUUUUAUCGAAGAGAUCAUAGAAACCAGAGCCUUCUCCCCAGGCCCGACACCCUCGGGUUUGCAGGAGGAACACACCAGCCUCUGGUUUUUUAUUUUUUUAAGAAGCCAUCACCUGAGCAACCGAUAAUUCCUCUGCGCUGGGGGCCGGCUUCCCUCUGGUGGCCAUUUGUGGGAACUGCAGCCCGACCAGGCAGCCGGUACCAGAAAAUGCAACCCCAACUCUACUCAGGCCUGGCAUCCAGCGCCACAGGCAUGGCCUGGGGGCCAGGUCUCAUCCUGAGGUGCCCUAGAGGAGGCGGGGCAAGAGCCAACACCCCACCCCUCUGCCAACUGGGAUAUGGCCCCCAGUGCAUUCCCUGUUCCUGUCCCCCUGACCCAACUCAUUAAAAAAUGAUUUUGUGAUA